AUGGCCGGCCCUUUGCCCAUUCAGCGCACCAAUCUUCUCAAGUCUGCCCAUACCUUAGUUCUACUGCGGAUCUGCAUUGCGAACUCUGUCACGCGGAGGAAGAUCGAGGAAAAUCACUCCAAAGGCCAUCUGCUUUACUUAUCGCGUAGCCAUAACGUCGCCGCGAGGAGCCAGCCUAUCGCUAUUGACGCCAAUGCAUCCCGUUUGGUACUAUGUUUAGAUUCCAGCGGAUCUGUACCAUCCGUCAUUCCGUACUAUAUUGAACGCUGGCCGAUUUCCAGCCGGGUUAUUGACAUGGCCGGUGAAGUUUUGGGAGCACGCCAGCGUAGCAUGUGCGGUUACCGCGAUAUCGCAACAGAGACACUUCCAUCUGGACACUACCUUCUAGCCUUUACCCGACAACACCAGCAAAACCAGAGCCGGAACAGAAAC